AUGAAUCGUCAUCAUAUUAUAUUUAAAUAUGAUUCAAUAAAAGAUGAUUUAGCUAUACAAUUAGCAUUUAAUAGUACAUUAAGUGAUGAUCCUAAAAAUUGGAUUAAAUGGCAUACAGAAGAUAUUAAUCAACGACGUGAACAAAAUUUACUAGAUGAUUAUUUAUAUAAAAAAGAUACAAAACAAAUUAAUUUUAAUGAUUUUAUUAAUAAAGAACUUGAUGGUCUUAAACCUGGCCAACGUAAAAUAAUCUUUGUUUGUUUUACAAAAAAAUUCAUACAUGAAAUAAAAGUUGCACAAUUAGCUGGUAAAGUUGCGGAAAAUUCUGCUUAUCAUCAUGGUCAACAAUCAUUAACAAAUAGAAUUGUUGGUCUUGCACAAAAUUUUCUUGGUGCAAAUAAUAUUAAUUUUCUUGUACUAAGUGGUCAAUUUCGUACACGCUUACAUGAUGGUAAUGAUGCACCUUCGCCACCUUAUAUAUUUACUCGACUUAGUCCUCUUGCUUUAUCAUCAUUUAAUAAAAAUGAUGAACCAUUAUUAUCAUAUUUAAAUGAAGAUGGUAUCAGUAUUGAACCUGAAUGGUAUGAUCCAGUUAUUCGAACUGUUCUUGUUAAUGGUGCACAAGGUGUUGGGACUGGUUAUUCAACUGAUAUACCAUCUUAUUAUCCAUUAAUAUUAAGUAAUAAUAUGAAAUAUUAUAUUCGACAAGAACGUGAACGACAACGACAAUUAAAUAAUCGAACAAGUCAACUGAAAAAAAUAUCCAGAUUAAAUGAUCGUACACGUGGUGUUAUUAAUGAUGUUUGUGCUAAACUCGAUGAAACAUCUAUUGAAAUAACUGAUUUACCCAUUGGUACAUGGACAUAA